AACUGUUGUCAAAGAUUCAGUCUUGUCAUUCUGGUUUUCUCCUGUUGGCGGCGACAGCAGCAGCGCAUCCGUUUUCCGCGAUUUCCGAAAGAUUUUCAAAGUGUUAAAAUGGCUGGCAAAAGAACCCUCGACGCAUAUUUCAUAAAACCGAAUAAAAGUAAGUGAGCUAUUUUAAAGGUAAACGCAUUUUUUAAUGCUCAAAGUUAUUUUAGGAGAUGAGACGGAAGAAUCUUUGAACCAUCCAAAUAUGGCUUCCACCUUCACGGGGCCAGCAGCAUCGGCGAGCGCUGAAAACCCGAUCAAUUUGAUGGGCCCGGCUCCGUCAUCAUCACCAUCCAAACGAAAGAGAUCGGUAAAGGAGAACAAAAAACCUGUUUUGCAAAAGUACAAGGAAGAGUGGGCUGCUGUCGGUGAUUUUAAGUGUUUUUCCAAGUACGAAAAUGAUCCGUUUUACGCUUGGUGCAAAAUUUGCUUGGACAGACUGAAUAUCAGCCGGGGAGGAAAAUCCAAUCUUACAACCCACCUUCAAACGAAGCGUCAUCAGGAAGCGGCUACGAAAAUUUUGACGGAAGAGAAAGAAAACAUGAGCCAGUAUACAUACCCGGAGAAACUGAUGGAGGCGGAAAUCAAGCUCUGCGCGUGGGCGGUGGAAAACAACGUUUCGUUUGCGGCGGUUGAUAGUUUGGUGUCCGUUCUGAAGACUAUGGAUCCUGAUUCUGCUGUUUUCUCCAAGCUCAAGCUGGGACGGACCAAGGCUGGGGCAGUUGUGGAUGGCGUACUAGCACCCGUGCAACAUGACGAACUCGUUGGGAAGAUGCGGAAACAGAACUUUUCAUUGAUGAUCGACGAAUCCACCGAUAUCAGUACCGCGAAGACCUUGGCGAUGGUGGUAAGACUACUGGAAGACGACACGGAUAAAUUUCAGGUUUGUGAUACAGUAUAUACGAUCGUGGAGUUGAAGGCUUGUGAUCAUCGAUCAAUUUACAAUGCUAUAAUCGAUGAAUUCAAAAAAGAUAAUAUUGAUUACAAAAAGCGGCUGAAGGGGUUCGCCUCGGACGGGGCAUCUGUUAUGAUGGGUUCCCAAAAUUCAGUGAUGAAGCUUUUGAAGAACGACUGCCCAGAUCUUAUCGUUGUAAAAUGUACGUGUCAUUCUCUAGCGCUCUGUGCAAGCUAUGCUUGUGAAGCUUUACCUCCAUAUGUAGAACAGUUGUUGCGGGACAUUUACAGUUAUUUGUCCCACAGCCCCAAACGUUCCGCUGAAUUCAAAACUAUUCAAGAGAUCCUAGAACUGGAUCCGCUUAAAAUGUUGCAUCCUUCUCAAACGCGAUGGCUAUCUCUAGAAGCGGUGGUCAGUCGCAACUUAGAGCGAUUAUCGGAGUUGAAAUUGUUCUUUUCAUUCCAACAAAAUUAUGAUCAGAACCAAACUGCCAGGAGAAUUUUGACGCACUUGAACGAUCCCAUGACAAAGCCUAUCCUUGAAUUUCUUAAUUACGUUCUUCCAUUAGUAAACAGGUUGAACAGGAAAUUUCAGUCAGAAGCUUCAGAGUACAUCGGAAUUUAUGGAGAAAUGAAAGCAUUUUAUCUGCUACUCCUGAACAAUCUUUGCGGUGAUAAGUAUAUUAAAAAUUUGAGGAAUAUUAAUGCGCCUGAUUUUGAAGAAAACAUUCUACCACUGCAUAGCAUUUACGUUGGUUUGGCAGCAGAGGAAUCUAUCAAAACAGGGGGAAUGGAUGAACAACGAAAAAAAACAUUCAAAGAAAUUUGCCGCAAUUUUUAUGUUGAGUUGGUCAAGCAGGUGAAGAAACGAUUCAAUUUCAACGAACCUACGUUCAAGAUUCGAUGAUGAACCCGUUAAAUUUAGAAAACCUCCCAGAUUUAAGUGAAGUAUUGACACAUUUUCCCAGCUUCUACGAUGAAAUGGACAAGCAAAGGCUUGAAAAUGAAUUCCGCGAACUAAAAAUGAAAAUUAUAUGCAAGGAAAUAAAAGUUGAUGCGUCUCUCGGAAUCGAGGAAUGCUGGAAUAUGCUAUUAAACGUGGUUAGGGCAAAUGGAAAAUUAGCUUUCCCAAUGCUACGACAGUUCGUUUUCAAUUUUCUGAUCUUGCCACACUCGUCCGCAGCAGUUGAACGCGUUUUUUCACAAUACAAUUUGAACAAAACGAAGGUACGAAACCGUCUUUCGACUGAAACUUUGGAUGCAAUUCUCAAGAGUAAGUCUUUCGUUAAAUCUCGUGGUGGAAGCUCAUCAGUUGAGCUCAAUCAGGAAAUCAUAUUAAAAUUUUGUAAGAGUAUGUACAAGCACCAUAAUAAGGCUGUAGCGUAAAGUGAUUCAUUAUAAAAAGCUGCCCAGUGCUCCCCAACUAGAUGUUAUUACCAAUGUUGUUAA